AUGAGGCGAUGUGCUCUCACUGUAGUUUCAGCAACAUGGACGCCUGCCAACACCAGUGCCUCUACGGCCGCCGCAGUCGCUGGUGUAUUGCAGUGGGACACGAGGCGUUGUUGUCAUCAACAUGCUAAGGGUCGUAAGUCGUAUUGCAGUGCGACUUCCUUCAAACUUCAGCCGCACGAGGUGAAUGACACAAACGUCCCGUCGGCGCGAGAGGUGCUGGCGAUGAUACCCCUGCGUGAGGAGUUGCAGCAGCAGUUACCAUCAGCGCGGGAGCUGGAGGCGCAAUGCGUGCAGCCGCCGGGGGUGAAAACGAGGCCAGCAAUGAGGUGGGGUGAACCGCCACUGUGGCCAAACAGCGACACAGUGGAGGAGAUUAUGGAUGAGGAGCGCUACGGUAGCGAGGAGGGGAAGGAUGUGGUGCCGCCGCCGUCGCCUGAGCACAUUUUGCUGGCUUGGAAGGCGCUGCUGUGGGGCUCCGUGUACGCCGUGAUUGGGGUUGCCGUCGUGGUGUGUGUGGCGAUGUACGCCUGCGGGAAGAGCUCGGUGGAGGAGGUGUUGGGGCACCUGCGGGGUCGGGCGGAGCGGGAGCGUCGUCGUCUUGCUGCGGAGGGCGAAGAAGUGAGUUAUUACGUGGUGGACCUCACCAGCCCAGCCACGCUGGUUGCGCAGGUGCAGGAGGUUUGGCACGUGCUAGAGGAGCUUGCCAAGGACGGGGGUGAGGGCGAACAUGUCUCUUUGGAAAGCGGGGAAGGCGAGGCGCAUGCGCGUUCUAUCGGAGUUGAGAAGACCGCGACGGUGCACAAGUAA